GGGAGACCUUGUCUGGGGACUGGCCUCGCUACCUCUGGGCUCACCUCCCUCCAGGUGUGAGAGGAGGCGGGGAGCCAUGGGGACCUGGGGCGCCUGUCCCUCGGGACGCCCCUCCAGCCCCUCCGGCUUCCCCGUGGGGCCCUGGGUCUGCGGUCCACGCAGGGCCUUGGGGCCACGCUCAGUCCCCGAUCUGGAGGAGGAGGUGGUCCGCUGGGGAGAGGGGUCAGCGGGAGCAGGGUGGAGCCAGCCUGCGUGUUUAUUUGCAUUCCAGGCAUCGCGGCUACUUAGGAGCCUGGACCUUGUCCUGGCCCCAGUGCCAGCAUUUUUCCCAGCCAGGAGCUCACAGGGCACCCGUCCCCGGAAGCCGGCAGCUGGUAGCAGACGGAAGGCCCUGGUCCCGAGAACCGUGUGCGGCUGGCGGGAUGACUGCGGAGCUCCGGGACGUGCUGGUGCUGCUGCCUACACAGGAACGGCUGCGGCUGUCCGUGGGGGUGCAGGCCACGGGGCGCGAGCUCUUCCAGCAGGUGUGCGACCGGACCGGCAUCAGAGAAGCCCACUUCUUUGGCCUCAGUGUGGUCAGAAACAACGAGCACGUCUUCAUGGAUCUGGAGCAGAAGCUCAGCAAAUACUUCUCCAAGGACUGGAAGCGAGAGACACGCGGACCCCAGGGCAGCGGCAGGCCGGGCGCCCCCUUCGUGGCCUUCCUCGGGGUGCAGUACUACGUGGAAAACGGAAGGCUCAUCAGGGACCGCGCGGCCCGGCACCUGUACUAUCGCCACCUGAAGGAGCGCGUGCUGCGCUCGCACUGCGUCCACCGCGAGGAGGCCUACUUCCUGCUGGCCGCCUACGGGCUGCAGGCCGACCUGGGCAACCACCGCCGGGCGGCGCACGCCGGCUGCUACUUCCAGCCGCAGGCCUACUUCCCGCAAUCAUCGCCAAGAGGGGCAGUGCCUACAUCCUCAGACACGCGCCCGCCCUGCACCGCGAGCAGCGAGGCCUGAGCCCCCGGGAGGCCGAGCUGCGCUUCAUCCGGGAGGCCUGCCGGUUGGAGGACCUGCCAGUGCACUUCUUCAGGCUCUACAAGGAUAAGAAGGAGGACCAACCUACCAUCAUCCUGGGCCUGACGCUCAGAGGGGUGCAGGUCUUCCAGGAAGUGAACCGCACCCCACAACUUCUCUACGACUUCCCCUGGCCCCACGUUGAGAAGCUGGCCUUUCUGGGCGAGAAGUUCGAGCUCUGGCCCCACGGGCAGCCCGCAGCCCGCAGGCUCGUGUUCCGCACGGGCUGCACCUGGCGCUCCCGCCACCUGCUGCGCCUGCUCCGCACCAGCCACCAGCUGCACCUGGGCCUGCAGCGGGCGCGCCAGCAGCUGCGGCAGCUCGAGGAGGCGGAAGAGAAGCAGUGCUACCGGGAGUCCUGUGUCAGCGACGCGCCGGACGCCGACCAGGACGCGGAGCCGGCAGGCAGUGGGGACCGCGCGGGGGCAGGCGGGCGCCCCCCGUGUCUCCGCUCGCGCCUCUCGGCUGGCAUCCGCUGCAGCUCCCUCUCACUGGGCUUCGAGGUCAACCCCCAGCGCACGGGGCCCGCGGAGCCGGAGGGGAUGUCGGUGGAUGAGCCCGAGGGGGUCGCCGCGCUCCCUGCAGAGGAGCCCCCCAGCAGCCCGAGCAGCAGCCGGAGCAGCCCUGGCACAGUCGACGGCGGCAGAGCCUCCCCGCGGCAGGCGCUGGCUGUGGUGCAGGUCACGCUGGUCAGCCUGAGGGCGCCAAGCGCUGAGGCCACCCUACACCAGAUCCUGGAGCCCGAGGUGGCAGCUGGACAUGUGGACCAGCAUAGCCGAAGCCUGGACCACACGCGCCCUGAGCCCGCCCCACGCCCGGCACCCCGCGCCCGUGCCCUCGGCCGAGCUCUGGACCCCGGGCUGAGGGCGUCCGUGAACUCCCUGUCCCCCAGCCGGCUCCGGAAGGACCAGCUCCCGGAGGAGUUUGUGGUGUAGACGCCCCCAGGGGCUGCUUCACCACCGCAGGGCUCUGUCCACGCCACCCGCUCCACCUGCUUGGCUCUCUGUCCCUGCAGUGCGGCUCCAUCCAUUCGGGGCUCUGCCCACCCACCCCCAGUCCCUCUGUCCAUCUGAGCCGCCCCCCGAGGCCCCUACCUCCCCGGCCAUGCUGAACGCGGCCUCUGGCGCUGCCCCCUUCCCCUGCGGAUGUGUGGGCCAGUCUGACGGCCAGGCCUGGAGGUGCCCAGCAGGCCUCACCUACCCUGCCGUGGGGACCAUGGCCACUCUGAGCGCCUUCCAUCCGUGCCUCCAGGAGGCAGAAGCCAAAGUUUGGGGGUCCGGUCUGCACUCGGUGGGGUGUGGGCUGACUCCAACCUGCAGGGAAGGGGUCUUAGCAAGCUUCCCAGGAGCCUGGAGCUCAGGGUCACUGUCGUGGUCGCUGCACUGGCCACAGGCUCUCCAGACCACCCUGUCCGCAGCGCCUGCCACUCACAGUCCUGGGCCUGCUGGACAGGCCUCUGGGGGAGGCGUGAGCCCAGCUGCAUCGCCCCAGACCCCCGGCGGACCCCACCCUGUCCGCCGUGUGUACACAGGAGGCACCAGGCCUGGAACUGCGGGGCUGCAUGGUCCCGGGGAGCUCAUGAAUCUGGCGACACGAAGCGGGAGGGGCAGGCUCAGCCACGGUCCCCUCUGAGGGCACGGAAGGAAUGUUCCAGAAGGGAACCCUGAGCGUCCUCCUUUCGCAUCACAAGUCAGGCUCCGAAGGAGGCCCCUCCCCAUCUCCAGCCCCAGUGUCCAUCUGGCCUCAGGCCGUCUGGAUUUCCGGCAGCCCUGGCCUCUGGUCAGGUCAGCACCGGUCACCACCACCCCCAGGCCAUUUGUGGCCACCGCCCCCUCCCUGCAUCAGGAGGCCAGACGGGAGGUGGGGGCAGAUGGGGCGAGACCUCCCCCCAGGCUUCACCACCUCUCCACUGGCAGCUGAACGGCUGAGUGGAGUUUCACAGGGAUUUCUGGAAAGCACUCUAAGAGACUUUGACCCUGGCUGGAGGCUGCCCUGCGGGUGACUGAGAGGCGGCCGAGGCCCAGCGUCCUGCUCGGGGUUGGGCCCGCCGGGUGAGGGGCGCUGGGGAGGUGGGCCGCAGGUGUUCUGUCUCCCGCUAGAGUCAGGGCAGCUGCCCCUGGGCAAAGGCAUGGCCCCCAUCAUCCCACCCGGAGGGUCCUGCGUGUGCGGGCCCUUCUUGAAGCCGUCCACCUGGAGGCAGGUGCAGAGGGGCUGGGCUGGGCCUGGCUGGGGCAGGGACUGGUCUCGGGCUGGCGUUCUGUUCUCCCUGACGUUCUGGUGCACGUCUCACCUGCCUCCUGACUCAAGAUGGGCCCCUGCCUUCCUUACAGAGGCUCUGGGGGGCCGCUCUGGACAGGUGGGACUCCACGGGCAAUGCCAGCCUGAGGCAGGUGACAGGCCCCUGGGUGCGGGCUGUGUGGCUUAACCCACUGCAGGUCCUCCGGCCUCCCCCCUGCCCUCUUUGCCUGGUUGCACUGACCUGUGUGGUUCUGAGCGCUGUGCCCGAGAUGGCACUGUCCCCCCGGUUCUGCCCAUGUGUGACGACCACACAGGGACAGACGGAGGCUAAGCCCAGGGGGCAGAGGGUGCAGCCCAGUCUUAACUGGGCCUCUGGGUCCUAUCUGUGAAAGGAGUCUUGUUUGUGCACACACCGGGCACAAAUAAAGAGCUGGAUGCUGGCCCGUGUCUGCACCUAGACAGCCUGUGCUGGGUGGGCAGGGAGGCGCGGCCACUGGUGCCCAGUUGCCCUGGUGAAGGUUUCUGGGCUUCACCCCAUGGGGAACAAACUCUGCAUGGCCUGAGGAGCUUGUCAGGAAGGCCAGCCCCGUCAUUGGAGCUCACGUUGAUCUGUUUCCUUUUUUGAAGUGUGACAAGAAAGCCGCCCUUACCUGUGGUCUGGGGUUGCUGAAGGGGCCAGCAGGCAGGAUGGCAUGGGCCAGUCAGGGCGGCCUCUCCCCUAGGCGGGGGUCACCCAUGAGGUCAGGUGCGGCCCCAGGGAGGUGGCACACGGGGGCAGCCCUCCCAGCACGCAGCGCGGUCAGCACCAGGGUCCGCCCGUCAGUCCUGGGAGCAGGGGGUGCCCACACGCCCGGCUGGGCUCCCGCAAACAGGGCUCCUGAGGACACCCAGCCUGUGGCCACACGAGCAGGUGGCGAGGAUAGUGAGGCGAGGGCCUGGAGGACGGGGCGGAGCACCCGCAAACCCGCUUCUCUGCGAAUUCCCGAGGUCACAUCUGCCCCGAUCCGGAGUCCACGAUGAUCUUUUUUCCUUUAAAGGAGCUUGUGGGAGCGAGCCCAGCCCGAUGAACUGCUUUGCUGUCGCGCAGAGCUGAGCGUCAGGUUGGGGCCAGGACCCACACACACCCCUAGGCGUGCCCGUGUGUGCACACGAACGCAGGCAUACGUGAUGAGUGGACACGGCGCAGAGGAGGGACGCCCCCUUAGAGCUCCCGCCCCAGCGCGUGGAGUGGGGCGGCCAGCACAGGGCACAGUGACCCUGGGGGCGGGGCUGCCUGCGGAGGGGGCGUGUCUCGGCAAAGAGGCGGGGUUGGGGCGGGGCCUGUUGGGAGGCGCAAUGUAGGCC